UAUAAAAUUGCUAUUCUUGGAACCCCAAGGAAACUAGACAAGUCCAACUUCGUCUCUGACUUUGUUAAAGCUUCAAAAUCUAUUAUUAUAACUUAGCAAAACUCACAAUAAAGAAAAGCACAAAAAGGACUAGCAAGAAAUGAAGAAAAAAAGGCCUUUCCUUUUAUAUUUUCUUUUAUCGUCAAAGUUCCCAUAUGCAAUUCGAUCUUAAUCUUCCUAUUUAGAAGAGUAAAACUUUUUAUGGCUAUAAAUCCGCCGCUAAAACCAUUAAAAAACCCUAAUUAUCCCAAUUCUUCAUUCCAAGAAAACCCAAAAUUUCCCAACUUCUUUAUUCUUCAUGGCGACAGAAGCUACCACAACAAAGUUCCAAAAUUCAGACUUCCGGCCGGUGCCACAUCCGGCGGCAGUGCCGCCGGAUUUCCAUCCGGAAGUGACGGUGAGUCCCCAUGACGGGCUUUACUUUUGGCAGUUCAUGAUUGCUGGCUCCAUCGCCGGCUGCGUUGAGCAUAUGGCUAUGUUCCCUGUUGACACCGUCAAGACCCAUAUGCAAGCUCUCGGCUCUUGCCCCAUCAAAUCGGUGGGUGUACGUCACGCCCUCCGUUCCAUCCUCCAAUCCGAAGGCCUCCCAGGCUUAUACCGGGGAAUCGGGGCCAUGGGACUUGGGGCUGGCCCGGCCCAUGCCGUUUACUUUUCUGUAUACGAAGUUUGCAAGAAGUAUUUUUCGGGUGGGAACCCGAAUAACUCGGGGGCUCACGCGGUUUCCGGUGUUUUCGCGACGGUAGCGAGCGACGCCGUUUUUACGCCUAUGGAUAUGGUGAAACAGAGGUUACAGUUAGGUAAUAAUGCUGCUUGUAGAGGGGUGUUUGAUUGUGUUAAGAAAGUUCUGAAAGAGGAAGGUUUUGGGGCGUUUUAUGCUUCCUACAGGACGACGGUGCUUAUGAAUGCGCCUUUUACGGCGGUUCAUUUUGCAACAUAUGAGGCGGCGAAAAGGGGUUUGAUUGAGAUUUCACCAGAGAGUGCAAGUGAUGAGCGGGUGAUUGUCCACGCUACGGCUGGUGCCCUUGCUGGAGCUUCUGCUGCGGUUGUCACUACGCCGCUUGAUGUGGUCAAAACUCAGUUGCAGUGUCAGAUUUGGGAUUGUAGAUCGCUAGUUCAGAGAAGUUUCCUCGAUAUACCUCGUGCAAAGAUUGUGGUCAUUUCAACGGCGUUCUAUUGUACUGAUUUUUCUUUCCUGAGCUGUGUUUUAUGAGGUGAGCAUGGAAAAAGCUCCAACCUCUCAAGUAUUUAGCAUUUUAGUUGGUUUUGGUAACCAUUUAAAAGGAAUAUUCAGAUGGAAUGCAAUUAUAUCCUAGAAUUUAUUAUUAAAUUGUUCAAUGUAAGGAGAAAGUAUUUAUUUAAAAUAAAAAAAGGGGAGAUUUGUUGAAACUAGAAUCCCCGCCUUCAAUUCUGUUUUAAGGCCAAAAUGUUUACUCGGAACCAUUUUCAACACUUUAAGUGUAUUUUGUUCUAUAUAAAAUACUGUAGAAGAAUCCUGAGCAUGGAUAAAUAAGGGGUCUCUCUUUCAAGGUUUAGUUGUAUAGUCCGCAGUGGAAAGGACUAAGCCAUUUGGCAGGAUACAGAUUGACAUGAGAUUUUUGUACUGCAGCUAUCAUAGAAGUUGCGAAGGAAAAACAGAUAUCAUAACCAAUAUGGCAGGUUUUUUGUCCAAACCCCUUCUGUUACCUGAGCCUUGUUCGAUACGCCAAUGCCUUCUGUUACCCCCGAUCUUCUCCAUCCUCUGAACCUCAUCCAGGAUAGCAACACUUUCUGUGUCCUGAACCUCCUCCGUUUUCGGAACGUCAUCCAAGAUACCAGAGCUAGGUGUGGUUACCACCUGACCCACAAUCACAGUGAUAUCAUCAAGCUUUCCACCUGUUAAAAAAAAAUUAAUCGUAAUAAAACAAAAAUCAUGUCAACUGUGGAUAAAUAGAAAUUAAACCAUUAUCACAAGAAAAAUAAAAGAAAACGCGUCUGUCAGCUUCAUCCCAAGAAUUUUCUUCCAAAAAGGAACAUCCAGACCCUGUAAAGAAAUAGCAACAAGACGACAUGUUAAAUUCAUUACAGAGGGGCAGUUUAACUUUUCUCAAAAAUAGUACUACUUUGGAGACGACAUGGAAUUUUACUUAGCUGUACUGGAGGAGAUUACAAAGGUGAACGUUGGAGAUUGUCUUGAAAACCAACGAAACCGGCCACAUUGGCCGUUCAUUUAGGGGAAGCUUCAACACACAUUCAUUUUUCGUGCUUUGGUCAUAUAGUGCCAGUAAUU